AUGCCGGCGAAAAAGGAUGACAUUGAGUCCCCAUCGGAGGAACACAUCUCUACUAUUCAUGAAGCCAGAGCAAAAACCAAUGAGGAAUAUGGCGAGAGUACCAGGAAGGCUUCUACCGCUGCCCUUCUCCGGAAUCCAUUGAAGGGCAUGACUCAGAUAGAGAUCUUGGAAGAUGUCGACACCUUCAUUCGAGAAAGGGGUCUCGAAGAGUAUCGUGAAGAUUUCCGAAAAGGCGCGCUGGUCGCUCAAGUCAACAACAUUCCCGGCGGAUUCGAGGAUAUUGACAUGCUCAGCGAACCCGAAAAGGAUGUCCUCAGACGUGAGACCACUCACAAGUGGAGUCAGCCUUUUAUGCUGUACUUUCUUUGUACGCUCUGUGCUGGCUCUGCAAUUGUGCAAGGCAUGGAUCAGACGGCCGUCAACGGAGCGCAGGUUUUCUACUACGACGAGUUCAAUAUCAGGCACCCCAUGCUGCAGGGACUCAUGAACGGAGCACCAUAUCUUUGCUCCGCCCUCGUCGGGUGCUGGACGAACCCGUUUCUCAACAAAAUUGGCGGUCGCCGCUUCACCAUCUUCUUUUCCUGCGCAAUGUCCGUCAUAACGGGAUUCUGGAUGGCCGCAGCCGACUCGUUCGCAAAUCUGCUGGUUGCUCGAUUCUUUCUGGGAUUUGCCGUCGGCGCAAAAUCUAGCACCACACCGGUCUACUCGGCUGAAUGUACCCCGAAAACAAUCCGCGGUGCAUUGACAAUGAUGUGGCAGAUGUGGACAGCAUUUGGCAUCUGUCUCGGCUUUGUCGCUUCAGUGGCUUUCCAGUACACCGAUUUCCUUGGUGUCAACUCUCAGUGGCGCUGGAUGCUGGGCUCGACUGCUAUCCCGCCUCUGGUUGUCAUGCUCCAGGUCUAUCUCUGUCCAGAAAGUCCGCGUUGGUACAUGGAAAAGGGAAAGUACCCACAGGCUUUCCAGUCCAUGUGCCGCCUUCGCAACCAUCGUAUCCAAGCGACGCGGGAUAUUUACUACGCACAUAAACUUCUCAUUGUGGAGCAAAAAGAACGCGCCGGCCGUAAUCUCUUUAAAGAAUUCUUCCUUGUUCGCCGUAACCGGAGAGCAGCCCAGAGCGCCUGGUUCGUCAUGAUUCUACAACAAUUCUGUGGCGUCAACAUUAUCGCUUACUACAGUACUUCGAUCUUCGAGUCUGCUAAUUUCUCGCGUCCGAACGCCCUUCUGAUAUCGAUGGGUGGUGGGCUGAUCAACUGGCUCUUUGCGAUUCCUGCAAUUUAUACCAUCGACACCUUUGGCCGCAGGAAUUUGCUUCUGGUUACUUUUCCGCUAAUGGCAACUUGCAUGUUCUUCACCGGCUUCUCAUUCAUGAUUCCAGAAGGUACAGCCAGGCUAGCAUGCAUUACCUUGGGUCUAUACCUCUUCAUGGUCGUCUACUCUCCGGGCUUGGGGCCGGUUCCUUUUACUUUCAGCGCUGAGGCCUUUCCCCUGCACAUUCGAGAUAUCGGAAUGUCGUCGAGCACUGCGAUCACCUGGGGGUUCAAUUUCAUCCUCAGCUUGACGUGGCCGCAACUGGUUGUUUCCUUUGGUGACACGGGUGCGUUUUGCUGGUACGGUGCCUGGAACAUUUUCGGGUGGGUCUUUGCGUAUUUCAUGUUGCCAGAGACGAAGGGUCUUACACUGGAAGAGUUGGAUGGCGUAUUCAGUAUGAGGAACAGGGAGCAUAGCAGCUACUAUUUCCGCAAGUUGCCUUGGUACGCCAACAAGUAUGCGCUGCGGCGUGACGUUGCACCUUUCCCGCCUCUGUAUGAGUUCGAAGAGAAUCGACACGCGAGUGGCGAUUCAUCCCCAGACAUCGCGGAGAAGUCAGCAGCGGCUUGA